AUGGCUGGAUCUGGAAGUUCUGAGGUGAGAACUCCGAUCUUCUCCGGUGAGAACUACGAGUUCUGGAGAAUCAAGAUGGUGACAAUCUUUAAAUCUCAUGGGUUAUGGAAAUUAGUUGAAAAGGGGGUUACGAUCUCUGAUUCAAAGAAGAAGACGGCUGAAGGAAGCGCAGAAGAGGAAGACGAUGAGAAAACUGUGGCAAAAUAUAUGCGAGAUGCGAAAGCUCUGGGUAUUAUCCAGAAUGCAGUCUCGGAUCAAAUAUUCCCUCGAAUUGCCAAUGCUGAUACAGCGAAGAUGGCAUGGGAUCUGCUAUAUGGUGAAUAUCACGGUGGUGAUUAG